AGUCAGUGGAGCUUGUAAUGGUAUGAAAGUAACAUGCCUACCUAUGGGCACUUCACAUGGCUGCUAUUUGUGAUGUUUAUAUUUUGCACAUUAACAUGUGAAUCAGAAAAUGAUUCAAAAACUCACCAGAAGAGAGAUAUCAGUAACAGUCAACCAAGGAUGACCUCGGAGGAUGGGAAUUUAAUAUUUCAUCCGGGUGAUUUAAAGAAUAUCGAAUUCAGGACUUUAUCAUCUGGGGCAAUCAAACUAAAUAAUAAAGAUCUUGAGGAAGCACUUAAACAAAUCACAAUGAAUAAGGAUGAUAUCACACAACUACAAAUUAAUGGAAGUGGAAUUCCUCAGAAUAUUUCAAGUCAAAUCAAUCUGCUAUCUGACAAGCUAUCCCUUCUGGAAAGAAAGAUCCAGAAUAUAGAUACAAUAUUACAAACAAGAACAUGCAGCAGCAAUCCUUGUCACAAUGGUGGGAUAUGUAUGGAUCUUCUGAAUUCCUUCUACUGUCUCUGCCCAAACAACUGGAAGGGAUCAACAUGUACUGAUGAUGUGGAUGAAUGUCAGAUCUACGUAGGAACACCUCUAGGAUGCCAGAAUGGAGCAACUUGCUACAACACAAAAGGAAACUAUAGCUGUCAAUGCAAUCCAGAAUGGUAUGGUCUACAGUGCACUUCCAAACAUGAUGACUGCCAAGGUACCUCAAAGGAUCUGUGUGAGCAUGGUAUCUGUAUUGAUCUGAACAGAGAACAGCCAGACCAGCCUAUGUAUAGAUGUAUUUGUGAUGCUGGCUGGGAGCAGGCUUCAGGACAUCAAGCCUGCAGCGUUGACAUUGAUGAGUGCAGCCUUCUUGAUGGUCCAUGUUCAAAGACCCCACCUGUCAAUUGCACGAAUACUGAAGGCUCCUACAGCUGUGGGGAUUGCCCAGCAGGCUGGCGAGGAAAUGGACACAGUUGCCAAGAUGUCAAUGAGUGUGAGACCAGUAAUGGAGGAUGCUCCCAGGAUCCAAUGGUUCUGUGUCUUAAUACAAUGGUCUUCCACUGUGGUUCAUGUCCACCAGGUUACGAAGGAGACGGAAAAGUGUGCACUACAUUUGAUAUAUGUUCCGUGAAUAAUGGAGGAUGUGCUCCCAAUGCAUCGUGUACACCUAAUGCAGGUAAUAACUUUCCGACUUGUCAAUGUCCUCCUGAAUUGAUUGGAAAUGGCUAUGGGCCAAAUGGUUGCAUUCCUGCAGAAGACAUCUGUGAAAAGCUGAACCCUUGUGUGAAUGGGGAAUGUACAGGAGGGUCUUUAGGUUAUGAGUGUAUCUGCCAUCCAGGAUGGACUGGGAUCAACUGUGAUCAGAACACUAAUGAAUGUGCCAGUAACCCCUGCCAGAAUGGUGGAACCUGCAGUGAUCAUGUCAAUGGAUACUUCUGUCGUUGCCCAGCUGAAUGGACAGGCCCGCAGUGCCAGAUAGAACAAGAAGUCUGUGGUAAAAGGCUGUCAGGAUUAAACGGUACUUUCAGCUAUCCCGAUGGAAAAGAGCAAUAUGGUAUUGAGGUCAACUGUGUCUGGGUCAUCACAACAGAUCUUGACAAAGUUCUCCGGAUUACUUUCCCACUAUUCCAGCUGGAGGAAAGUACAGGUUGCGUUUCUGAUUUUCUGGAAGUUCGUGACGGAGAUUCGCUUUCAAGCAACAGAAUUGGCAGCUAUUGUGGCAACACCAUCCCGGAGGAGAUCAUCAGCUCUCAUAAUUCCUUGUACCUCUGGUUCUCCUCUGAUCAUUCGGUGGUGAAGGAUGGGUUCACCGUUGUCUGGGAGUCAACAGAUCCUGAGUGUGGGGGUCAUUUUAAUGAAACACGUGGAAUUAUUAACUCCCCGGGUUACCCAGGCAACUACCCCCCCAACAGGGACUGCUAUUGGACCAUUUCUGUGCCGACCAACCUGGUGAUAACAUUUACAUUUGGAUUGCUAAAUAUCGAAAACCAUGACACUUGCAACAGUGAUUUCUUGGAGAUUCAAGAUGGUCUGCAUCAAGAUGAUCCUUCUCUUCAAAAGUACUGUAGCACUGUCGAGACACCUGCCCCGCUGGUGACAACUGGCCCCUUUGCACGGAUCCAUUUCCACAGUGAUGGAAAUAUCAGUGACCGAGGGUUUAGCAUUGUGUACAUCACAUCACCGCUUGACACUGGCUGUGGAGGAAUAUACACAGAGAGUGAGUGGAUUAUCAUCUCCCCCAACUGGCCUAAUCCAUACCCCAGCAAUGUGCAAUGUAUCUAUGUUAUCCGUCAGCCCUCUGGGGAGCGCAUUGAUCUCAACAUCACGCACAUGGAUUUGGCAUCUAACUGUUCCUUGGACUAUGUUGAGGUUCGUGAUGGUGAUUCAGAGACCGAUCCACUAAUCGGCAAAUUCUGUGGUUCCACUAUCCCUGCUGUCAUCACCACGAGCAGGAACAAUUUGUGGAUCAAAUUUAAAUCAAGUGACUCCUUCCAGAAAGGAGGAUUCCGUGCUAUAUACCAAGUUGCAUGUGGUGGCACUCUAAGUGGCACGGGAGUGAUUCGGUCUCCUUAUUAUCCCAAUGCAUACCCACCCGACAAAACCUGCACGUGGAUUAUCAAUCAGCCAGAAGGACAAGUUGUCACCCUUAACUUUGUGUCCUUUGACAUUGAUGAUGCUGCAAACUGCACCCAUGACUAUGUUGAGGUCCGAGAUGGAGCUGAUGUAGAAUCCCCAUUGAUCGACAAGUACUGUGGUGCUGGGAAUCCACCCAUGGCACAGUCAGGACGGAGGUCAAUGUACAUCAAGUUCAAGACAGACUCCUCUACGGCUAAAGAAGGAUUUAGCGCUGAAUAUGGAUCAACUAAAAAAGGAUGUGGCGAUACCAUUACAGAUCCACAGGGUGACAUUUCUAGCCCUAACCACCCAGUAGACUAUCCGCACGAUGUCAGUUGUAUUUGGUUCAUCUCGGUUCAACCUGGAAAUGUCGUCCGCCUUACAUUCACCCUUUUUAAUCUUGAAUACCAUGAAAAUUGCAAAGACUAUGUUGAGUUGUAUGAUCGAGGUACCGUUAAUUCUGGAAAACUACUUGGAAGGUACUGUGGCACCUCUAUCCCUCCUUCCAUUACCAGCAGUGACAAUUCAAUGAGUGUUCUCUUUGUGUCUGAUUCAAGCAUAGCCACUGAGGGAUUCUCAGCAAGUUACGUUUCCAUUGAAAGUUCAACAGUAUGUACAAAAGAAUUCACUGAAUCGACUGGCUCGUUGACAUCCCCAAACUAUCCCAAUGACUACCCAAGUUUGGUGGAGUGCAUCUACACAAUCACUGUAAAAAAUAACAAACAAAUUAGGCUCAACUUCACUGACUUUGAAUUGGAUGGAUAUUCUGACUAUGUGGAAAUUAGGAAUGGAGGAUAUGAAACAUCUAAUUUGAUUGGUACAUUUAGUGAGACUGCCCCACCACUCAUCUUGUCUCACAGCAAUAGGCUAUGGAUUAAGUUUUCGUCGAACAGUUUUUUUGAAAAACGUGGUUUCAUGGCUCACUGGGAUGGUACUUCCACAGGUUGCGGUGGGACACUCACAACAUCAACAGGAAGCUUCACCUCUCCCAAUUAUCCAAUGCCGUACCCACACAACACAGAAUGUUACUGGCGUAUUCAGAUCAAUGCGGGCAGUAUCAUUGAACUGGACUUUGAUGCAUUCCACUUGGAUUCCAUCUCUGGAUGCAGUUAUGAUUACCUAGCUGUCUAUGAUGGAAACAGCACAAAUUCUUACCUCCUAGCUACGUUGUGUGGUAAUCAAAAGCCAACAACCAUCCGCUCCACAAGUAACAAUAUGUACAUAAAACUCCGAACUGACAACUCAAUUGGUCGAGGGGGAUUUUUUGCCAAAUACAAAUCUAAUUGCCAGAAUGUAAUCAUUGCAAAUCACAGCCGUGGAGUCUUGGAAAGUAUAAACUUUCCAGAGGAUUAUCCUCCUGAGCACAACUGUAACUGGACUAUACAAGCAACAGAAGGGAACACAAUCGAUUAUUCCUUCAAUGCUUUCGAUUUGGACUCCACUUAUCCCAGCUGCUAUUUCACGUGGGUUAAGCUAUAUGAUGGACCCAACGACAAAUCUCCACUUAUUGGUACUUUCUGUGACCAAACCAUUCCCCCAGCAGGCACAUCCAACAGUUCCAGUCUUCAUGUAGUGUUCUGUACAGAGCUUAGCUACAGUUCGGCGGCUGGAUUUCAGAUGCUGUGGUUACAGAACGGAUGUGGUGGAGAUCUGUUUGGACCGAAUGGAGCAGUCAGCAGCCCAGGCUUUCCCAACUGGUAUCCUCAUAACAGGGAGUGCCUAUGGUUCCUUCACGUGGAUGAGGGCAACAGUAUUGAGUUUACUAUCCAUGAGUUUGAUGUGGAAUAUCACAAAACCUGCAACUUCGAUGUACUGGAGGUGUAUGCUGGUCCAGACACUAGAUCUCCACGCCUGGCACAGCUCUGCAACACUCGCCUACCAAACAACCCACUUGUGAUCUCCAGCACUGGCAAUGCCAUCACAGUCCGAUUUAAGAGUAAUUCAAAAGGCAAUGGAAAGGGUUUCAACGCCACUUGGAAGGAGAAACCAGGAGGUUGCGGAGGGAAUUUCGUAGCUCCUAAAGGAGAGAUCCACUCACCAAACUUUCCCAAUCCUUAUGGCAACAAUGUGGAUUGUUCCUGGGUUAUUACUGUGGACACCCAUUAUCGUGUUUUCCUUAACUUCACUGACUUUGACACUGAGAAUCGUCAAUCCUGUGACUCUGCCUACAUAGCUGUUCAUGAUGGUUCAAAUCAAGGUGACCCCCUGAUAGAAAAGAUCUGUGAUGGCAAGAUUCCAGGAGGUUUCACAUCCACCAGCAAUGUCAUGUAUGUGCAUUUCCUCUCAGAAAGCAAUGUCAAGAACAAGGGUUUCAGAGCACAAUUUAAUCAAGUAUGCGGGACUUUCAUUGUCACUGAUAAUAUUGGAGGAGUCAUCACAUCACCUCUGUAUCCCAAUAACUAUCCAGACAAUCAGAACUGCAGCUGGAUCAUUCAAGCCCAGGAACCAUUUAAACACGUUACCCUCUCUUUUACGGACUUUGCAAUUGAAAGCAAUGGGAAGAAUUGCUCAACAGAUGCUUUGCAGAUCUUAGACGGGGACAACUAUGAAGCUCCUCCUAUCGGUCGUUACUGUGGUGCCACUAUCCUUCAACCCAUCACAUCAGAGAGUAAUGCUUUGGUUGUCAACUUUGUCUCUAACAGUGGCAAAUCAGACAAAGGUUUCCGAACCACAUAUGCUGCUUCCAACUCAGCAUGCGGUGGAUCAUAUCACUCGGAGACGGGAGCAUUCAACAGUCCUAACUAUCCCGAAAGUUAUCCAUCCAACUAUGAGUGUGUCUGGAACCUCAUCGGUUCCCCUGGGAACCGUGUCCAACUCUCCUUCAUAUCAUUUCAGAUUGCGGAUAGUUCUUCAUGUGCCUCAGAUUACGUUGAAAUACGAGAAGGCAAUGCAACCGGCCAGAUAUAUGGAAAGUUUUGUGGGUCUUCCUUACCCAAAAAUUACACAUCAGUCACGGGACAUAUCUUGUGGGUAAAGUUUGUAUCUGACAGUUCACAAAAUGAUGCUGGAUUCAAGGCCACCUUUUCUCAUUUGUACGGUAAUGAGAUUAUGGGAACUCAAGGCCAAAUUACAUCUCCCCUCUGGCCUCACCAUUACCCAAACAACGCCAGGUACCACUGGACAAUCACUGCUCCAGAAGGCAACAUCAUCCACGUCAAAAUACUAGUGAUGGAUAUUGAUGAUCUUUCAGUAUGUGCACGGAACAGGUUGAGAUUCUAUGAUGGCCCUGAUGUUAAUUCACGUCUUAUUGUGACAUAUUGUGGAUAUGAACCACCUCCACCAGUCGUUUCAUUUGGAACCACCUUGACUAUCGAGUUUAGCAGUGAUGACAGCAGCAACGGACAGGGUUUCUUACUGGAGUGGCAUGCACAACAAUAUACCAUUAACCCAACUGCAAUUCCAACUAUUCCACCAGGUGCUUGUGGUGGAAAUGUCAUGACAGGGGAGAGCCCUGCAUUCCUCUAUUCACCAGGCUGGCCCAAUGAAUAUCAAACACAUCUGAACUGUAUGUGGGUCAUUUGGUCACCAAGAAGUACAGUGGAACUCAACAUUAUGGCUCUUGACAUUGAGUCAGCAGACAGCAAGUGUAGCCUUGAUUCACUAGUAAUCAGAGAUGGAGACGAUAGCCUUUCUCCAGUACUGGCCACACUGUGUGGCAAAGAAUUGCCUGGACCGAUCCGAUCGACUGGCGAAGCAAUGUUCAUUCAAUUCAUAGCUGAUACAGCUAAUAGUGGAGGUGGUUUUAAUGCUUCCUACCAUAAAAUGUGUGGUGGCCUGCUCCACGCUGAUCGUGGUGUAAUUACUUCACCCAACUACCCUCAACCCUAUACAGCAAAUCUCAACUGUACUUGGCAUGUUCUUGCGACUAGUGGGUCCAUUAUUAGUUUACAUUUCGAAAAGCUUUUCCAGGUACAAGCCUCUGGCUCCAGCUGCAGCAAUGGAGACUAUUUAGAGUUUAGGAAUGGGUAUGACUCGUCUUCACCACCUUUGACGUCCAGUGGCGGGAACGGGCGCUACUGUGGAGAGGUCCCUCCCUCCACGAUGCGUACCACAGACAAUCGGCUCUCUGUACGCUUCAUAUCUGACGGCAGCAGUGAGGGUCAGGGCUUCAAGUUCACUUAUGAGGCUUCGUAUAUGGCCUGUGGUGCAACCAUUUAUGUUUCUGAUUUUGACCCCGUUGGCAACAUUUCCUCCAUGAACUACCCUAACAACUACCCUCAGAACAUAGACUGUACCUGGACCAUCACUGUUCCAGCUGGGGAAGCAGUUCAGCUCGAUUUUGAAGAUCUCUUCUACAUUGAACCUGAUUCACAAUGUGCGUUUGAUUACCUGGAACUGCACGAUGGGCCUUCUUCAAAUAGUCCUCUGAUUAGCCGUCUCUGUGGAUCUACCAGCCCAUCCACCCAGAAGUCUACAGGCAACGUCAUGCAUGUGAGGUUCCGCACUGAUGCCAGAACAACUCAUGCCGGAUUCAAAGCCAGAUAUUCGAUAGCUCGAUGUGGUGGGACUUUAAUUGGAAUUGAUGGAUAUCUGCAGAGCCCUGGGUAUCCUUCAUCUAAUUACCCUGACAACGUGCAAUGUGAAUGGUACCUGAAGGGACCCACUGGCCAUUAUCUCACCAUUACUUAUGAUGCAUUGGACCUGGAAGAUACGCCGAAUUGUACCAAAGAUUUUGUGGAAAUCCGCGAGUACAGUUCAACUGGCCGAUUACUGGGGAAACACUGUGGUAGCACAACCUUCGACCCAAUGGAUACUUCAGACAGCUUCGCCUAUGUACGUUUUCACACAGAUGCCUCCAACACCAAGAAGGGAUUCCGCCUGGGAUUUGAAGCGAGUGUUGAUGGGUGUGGAGGUGAACUGACUGCAUCCACAGGGACCAUCACUUCUCCAAACUACCCAAACCUCUAUCCUCACAGUCGUCGAUGUGUGUGGAAAAUCACAGUGCAAGAAGGACGCAGAGUUACACUGAGCAUCACAGACCUACACUUGGAAGCACAUGAGAAUUGUGACCUCGACUUUGUUGCUAUAUACAACGGCCUGCAGCCCAACUCUCCCAGGCUACAGAAAUACUGUGGCAACUUAAAUUCUAACGUAAGCGUGAUGUCCUCUGGAAACACCAUGCAGCUUGUCUUCGUAACUGAUGCAUUAGUUUCCAAUGGAGGCUUCAGCGCUACCUAUACAUCAGAAGAAGACGCUGUGUGUGGAGGUACAUUGGGCGAUCCAAAUGAAGGGACCUUCACUUCACCAGGCUAUAAUGGCAAAUUGGACUACAUGAGUAAUCUUAACUGUGAGUGGCUCAUCCAGAACCCCUCCUCCACCGGUUCAUCUAUCUACAUCGAGUUCAUCAACUUCCACUUGGAACACCACACUCUCUGUGAGCAGGAUCACGUUGCAAUCCGAUCCGAAAAUUCUGCCGGGGAGCUCUUAGUCCAGCUGUGUGGGGAGCUAACCCCUGGACUUUCAUUGGUGAUCGCCAACUCCCAGGUCUGGGUACAUUUCAUGUCCAACCCAUCGGUGGAAGAUAUCGGUUUCAAUGCCAAAUACAGAUUUACGGAAUGUGGAGGCAUUCAGACCGGAAGUACUGGUAGGAUUUCGAGCCCCAACUUCCCAUCCCCAUACACUGCUUCGACCCAUUGUGCAUGGCUCCUGGAGGCCCCAGAAGGACACACAAUAUCUCUCAGCUUCACAGUCUUUGAGUUGGAGCCUCACUCUGCUUGUACCGUGGACUCUGUUACAAUCAAGAAUGGCGGCUCCUCCAGCUCCCCAAUAAUAGGCCAGUACUGUGGGACCAACUCACCAGGAACCAUAAAAUCUGGCUCAAACAGACUCUUGGUGAUCUUUAACUCUAACAACACUGUGCCACACAAGGGAUUUGAUGCCACAUGGACCUCCGAUUCAGCAGGUUGUGGGGGGAUCCUGCAUGCAGAUGAUGGCUCCUUUGAUUCACCAAACUGGCCAGUCGACUUUCCCAAAAAUAGUGAAUGCACAUGGAAAAUUGUAGCUCAUAGGAGCAAACACCUUGAGCUCUCAUUCGAUGACAACUUCCUGAUUCCUGACAAUAGUGGUCACUGUGAGGACAGCUAUGUGAAAGUGUGGGCAGGUGAUGCUGAACAGGAUGGAACGCUCUUGACUACAGCUUGUGGAGAUGUUCCUCCAAGCCUUGUUACCAUUCCAGCCAAUGUUAUGACUGCCCGAUUCAGGUCUGCAGAUAGUGUGGGUAAAGGCUUCUCAGCUUCAUUCACAAGCCGAUGUGGAGCCAAUUUCACUGACCUGAGUGGCCUUGUCAUGUCACCAAACUACCCUCAUAAUUAUGACAUCAACAUGAACUGUGAAUACUUCAUCGAUGCUUCCAAAGACAUGUUUGUAAUCUUACAAUUUGAAGCAUUUGCCUUGGAAGAUGGUUUCAAGUGUGAACAUGAUGCAUUAAAGAUCUACAGUGAAACCACUGCAACUAGUGAUGAAACUCAGCUUUUAAUUACCCUUUGUGGUUCUGUCCUCCCUGCAACAAUUAGUGUUCAUGGUCCAAUGUUGUUGACCUUUCAAACAAACAACAUGACAACAGACAUGGGUUUCCUUGCCAAAUACCAUCUUGUCCCUUGUGGUGGCACAUUCCAGGAAUCAUCUGGCAUAGUCACAAGUCCGGCUUAUUCCUACACCAAUUACAAUCACAAGAUAAACUGUACCUACCACAUCAUUGUUCGAGAGAACCGCCUUGUUGAGCUGAAGUUCAGCGAUUUUGACCUUGAAUUGUUGUGCAGUGAUUAUGUGUCGGUUCAUGAUGGUUCAAACAUUUUCGCGCCAUCUUUGGGCAAGUUCUGCGGCUCCACUAUUCCACCACCUCUCCUGAGUAGCAGCAAUUCGAUGUUCAUUGUUUUUACAACUGAUAUCAUUGUGAGUGGAAGAGGCUGGAAGGCUUUAUACGUGGAGACAUUAGGACCAAACCAGGGAUGUGGCGGAUAUCUGAAUAGCACAAGUGGCACCUUUGGCUCACCAGAUAUGGAAUUUGAUGGCAAAUAUGAAAAGAAUUUAAACUGUCUGUGGAACAUUUCCGCACCUGAUAACCACUUCAUCAACAUCACUUUCACAGCCUUUCAGCUUGAGGCUGAAACUGAUGGUGUUUGCCAUGAUUACCUCAGCAUCUACGAUGAGAGUUCUAAAUUAAUUGGUACUUACUGUGGGUCUCAAUUACCUUUCUCCGUGGUCUCUACUUAUAACUUACUCGCCGUGAAGUUUUUCUCAAAUGCCUUCAUUGAAUUAGCUGGUUUCAACGUAACAUACAAGACCCAUGAAUACCCUUGUGGUGGAAAGUUCAAGGCUAACAGCACAUCUCAGAUCCUUACAUCUCCUGAAUAUCCAAAUAACUAUCCACCUCUUACUAUUUGCCACUGGAUCAUUGACGCUCCUGAAAAUGAACAAGUCGGAGUGGUUAUACAGGAGCUGGAUUUACCAGCCACCCCCAACUGUAGUCUGGAAUACCUCGAGAUUAAAGACUCCCAUAUAUUGGGUGAUAACGGUCAGAAUAUCCGAUUGUGUGGCUCCAAUUUAAUCAUCCCAGCUUUCUAUUCAUAUGGCCACAGGUUUAGAAUCAACUUCUACUCAAAAGUAUACCAGAAUGGAAAUAAAUUACAUCUAACAUACCAAUCUACAAACUGCAGCAGAGAAUACAAUCAGUCAUUUGGCUAUCUGAAGAGUCCUGGCUGGCCUGCUGAAUAUCCCAAUAAUCUGAAUUGCAAAAUCAUUCUUCGAGCUCCAAAAAAUCACAAAAUCUCCCUCUUCUUCAAUGCCUUUUAUCUUGAAUUACAAAAGGAUUGUAAACUUGACUACUUAGAGGUACACAAUGGUACUCCAGGCCAUGAACAAGCAAUUGGCAAGUUCUGCGGCUAUCAUCUACCUAAUCCUAUCUUUUCUCACACUCAUGAACUAACGCUAAUCUUCAAGUCUGAUGCAAUAAGCACCUAUGCUGGCUUUGAGAUCACCUGGACCUCUUCUCUAAAUGAGUGUGGUGGAACACUAUAUGGACCCAGUGGUUCCUUCUACAGCCCUAACUACCCUGAGGACCAUUAUGACAACACUGUCUGUGAAUGGAUCAUUCAGGCACCAGUAGGACGAGUCAUAACAUUCAAUUUCCCAGUCUUGAGUAUUGAUGGGGAGUGCAAGAAAACCUACCUAAAUUUCUAUGAUGGUGUGGAUUCCAGCUCAAAACUUAUUAAAUCAUACUGCGAAACGGAUACUAUUGCGACUUUCACUUCUUCUUCUUCCAAUGUCUUUGUGAAAUUCCAUGCGGAGGACGCAUUUCCAUCCUCCAAAUUCAGAAUACUAUGGACCAGUUAAAUUACACCUACAGGAUUUUACACAAUAUAAUACAAUAAGUUUAUUUCAGUAAUUUGUUUUGUUAAACUGACAAAAAUGCAUUUUGCAGACAACUAUUUAGCAGCUAUGACUGACCUGAAGAUUUGCCAAAUUCAUCUGUAAACCUUGCUUUGCAGAAGUGUACAGAAUGUCUUUGUAUUGAGAUCAGUAUAGGUAGAUAGUCCUAGCAGUUCUGAACAGCAGGAUGGGAGAAAUGUAAUUCCUGAUCAUAGAGGAAAGAGGUUAGGGAGUCUAAGUGAAAAGGGAAUUGUGAAAGGAUAGACACAUUGAAAGAAGUGAUAAAUUUAGAAGAAAGCACAAAAUGUGAAACUAGUACAUUUUGGUACAAAUGUGAAAUUAAAUGAAACUGAAUGUGUGGAAGGAGGGGAGCAUGUGAACUAAAUAGUUGAGCUAUCAAUGGAUUACAUUUCAAUGGUAAUUCUGUAUCAUCAGAGCAAACAAAAGUUUCUUAAUUGCUUGUAUCACAGAUGGUCUUAUUUGAGAAUUACAUUGCAAUAAGUUUUCUGGUUGUAGAAUUUGCUGUUUAAGAUAAAUAAUAUGAUGGUCAGUGCCAGUGACUGGCAUUGAUCCACAAUUAGUAAUAUCAAAUGAAAAAUUAUUCUCCCUAUUAAAAUAUAUUAAUAAAAA